AGUUAGAUAUCUUCAACCCAGCGGAAAUGUAGUCAGUCCACUCGACCAUUGACGAUUCAGCGUUUCCUCACCUCUACAGUAUAUACGUCACUCUUGACUAAGUAGUUCCUACUUCCUACGUAGAUGUCAGGUUAGUCUUUAAUAUUUAUUUUUCCAUUUUUACACUUUAAUAAAAAUCUGUGUACCGCUCCUUAUAAAUCUUCUAAGAAAAUAAAUAUCAUAUUGAGGCAAAGUCAGUGAUCAAAGUGUUAUUCUAGAUUGUGUUUACUUGCAGUUGUAUUAUCUAUAUGAUAGUGACAGUGUUUCUCUUGUAGAUUAUUUGAGGGAAAGGAAAAUCCGCAAAGCUAAGCCGCAUAUCAAUUCUGUCGCACACAGGUCGCACAAAAUUUUUAUGUUAUCAUUUUUUGAUACAACCUAACCGGGCUUUAAAAUUUCAUUAAAUUGAUACCAACGCAUAUCACUUUACUGUUGUUCCCAAGGCAUACGUGACUCGGUUCCUCACGAGAAUGGCUGGUGAAAGUAACCUGUAUAAUAAAUAUCUGAAGACCUUGACUGUAGAUAGUAAACAGUAUAAGUACUAUGAUAUUGUGGCGCUUGCAGGAAAUUGCUAUGAUGAGCUACCAUAUUCCAUUAGAGUAUUACUGGAAUCAGCAGUUAGAAACUGUGAUGGGUUCCACAUUGAACAGAAAGAUGUGCAGAACAUCCUUAAAUGGGAACAAGUUCAAACAAUGGAGCAAGGAACUGAAAUACCAUUCAAACCAGCCAGGGUCAUUUUACAGGAUUUGACUGGAGUGCCGGCUGUUGUGGAUUUUGCCGCUAUGAGGGACGCCGUGAAAGACCUAAGUGGUGAUCCAAAGAAGAUCAAUCCCAUCUGUCCUGCUGACCUCGUUAUCGAUCACUCCAUACAGGUCGACUACGCGGGAACCCCUGAUGCUUUACAAAAGAAUCAAGACUUAGAAUUCGAGCGGAACAAGGAGAGAUUUUUAUUUUUGAAGUGGGGAGCAAAAGCAUUCAACAACAUGUUGAUUGUCCCUCCAGGAAGUGGUAUUGUUCAUCAGGUCAACUUGGAAUACUUAGCUAGAGUUGUCUUUGUCGACAAAGACACGUCACUUCUUUACCCUGAUACAGUGGUAGGUACCGACUCUCACACAACGAUGAUCAACGGCCUUGGUGUUCUCGGAUGGGGAGUAGGAGGAAUCGAAGCUGAAGCAGUGAUGCUGGGCCAAUCAAUCAGCAUGUUGUUGCCGCAAGUGGUGGGCUAUAGGCUGUAUGGAGAACUCGACCAGUAUGCCACCAGUACUGACUUAGUACUUACUAUUACUAAGCAUCUCCGUCAGUUGGGUGUUGUGGGAAAGUUUGUGGAGUUUUACGGUCCGGGUGUGUCUGCUCUGAGCAUAGCAGACCGUGCUACCAUAGCGAAUAUGUGCCCGGAAUAUGGAGCAACUGUUGGUUACUUCCCCGUCGACAUCAACUCGUUGGACUAUCUUAGGCAGACAAAUCGCUCUGAAGAGCAGAUCCGCGUAAUAGAGGCGUACCUGAAGGCAACGAAACAGCUGAGAGAUUACAAUGCUGCUGACAGCGAUCCUAAAUACAGCCUUUCUGUUGAGCUGGACUUGGCAACUGUCGUCUCGUCCGUUAGCGGACCGAAGAGGCCUAAUGACAGAGUCGCUGUCUCCGAUAUGAAGCGUGACUUCCUGGAUUGCCUGUCAAAUAAGGUGAGUUUCAAAGGCUUCGGGAUUUCUCAAGAGAAACUUGGUGCUGUAGCAAAGUUCAUGUAUGACAGUAAACAGUAUGAACUUCGUCAUGGUAGCGUCAUCAUAGCAGCAAUCACUUCCUGUACUAACACUAGUAACCCUAGCGUAAUGCUUGGUGCCGGAUUGCUGGCCAAGAAAGCAGUUGAAGCUGGAUUGAGAGUACUGCCAUAUAUCAAGACGAGUCUGUCACCGGGAUCGGGAGUGGUAACAUAUUACCUUCGCGAAUCCGGUGUGAUCCCAGCUUUAGAGGCACUAGGUUUCUCCGUCGUGGGAUACGGCUGUAUGACUUGUAUUGGCAAUAGCGGAGGCAUUGACGAAAACAUAGCCAAUGCCAUUGAGGAAAAUGACCUUGUUUGUUGUGGAGUUUUGUCGGGCAACAGGAACUUUGAGGGAAGAAUCCAUCCUAAUACUAGGGCGAACUAUUUGGCGAGUCCUUUGCUGGUGAUCGCAUACGCAAUCGCUGGCAGAGUGGACAUCGACUUCGAAAAAGAACCACUAGGAAAGCGUCCGGAUGGCAGCGAUGUGUACCUGAGAGACGUCUGGCCAACCAGGAACGAGAUACAUGCCGUCGAGCAGAAACACGUCAUACCUGCCAUGUUCAAGGAAGUUUAUGCCAGGAUACAGAAAGGUUCAACUAACUGGCAAUCGCUGGAAGCUCCAUCGGGGCUCUUGUAUCCUUGGGACCCAUCUUCAACGUACAUCAAGAAACCUCCAUUUUUCGAUGGUAUGACGCGAGAGCUUCCCAAGAAGCAGCUCAUCCAUAACGCUCGAGUGUUGCUCUUCUUAGGAGAUUCCGUCACUACCGAUCACAUCAGUCCUGCUGGGUCCAUUGGUAGAACUAGUCCUGCAGCUAGGUAUCUUGCUCAGCGUGGCCUUACCCCGAAAGAGUUCAAUUCAUAUGGUGCCAGAAGGGGCAAUGAUGAUGUCAUGGCCAGAGGAACUUUCGCCAACAUUAGACUUGUGAAUAAGUUCAUGAGCAAGCCAGGACCUAAAACCAUUUUCCUUCCUACCAAUGAAGAGAUGGACGUGUUCGACUGCGCGCAGAGGUAUGCAAGGGAGAACACCCCAUUGAUCGUCAUCACUGGAAAGGAUUAUGGAUCUGGAUCUAGCAGAGAUUGGGCAGCUAAAGGACCAUACCUACUUGUAAGUUAACAUCAGUACAUGCACUAUGUAUAGGUAUGACUCAUUUAAGAAUCCACAAUUACGCAAAACAUGUAACCACGUAACAGUAAAUGUGGCUGUCAAAUGCAAAAUUGUGACACUGUUCCAAAGAAGAUGACACCCGCGGAGCCUUGUCAAAACCAAAUACGAUACUAUUGCACCUGUCUUCAUGGUUCUAUGUUCUAUAUACUGCAACCGAGAAACAGUACAGUGCAGAGUGAUGACGCUGGCGAAUGCAGAGAUUUAAGCAAUAGGUUAAAAAGUCUUUAUGCCACUAUUUCAUGGGUGGCUUCAGUGUUAGUGUGGACUACCUCGAUUAUUACGUAUCUGGUACGCAGUAAGAAUUUUGCGCUUGACAGUAAUGUUUGUUUCGCAGCAAGGAUGUGGAGCUAAGAAACAAAAUGAAGUCUCGGAGCUCAUUUAUCUAUAAAACAAACUUUUAAAUCAAACUUUUUAUUAAACAUUCUAAUUCUUCAUGCAUUUAUGGCUGUUAAAUUGAAACCACAUUCGUAGGAUUGCCUUGUUUACUGACGUUUCGGCCAUCUUGAUGGUCGUCAGUAAUUAUUGCAAGUACAAUGUUAUAAGUAUCAUACUAAUUUUAUUGAUGUAUACGGCUAAUGAGAAAUCCACUGACACAGUAUACAUACUGACGGUACGAACCACAGUAAAUACUGAACCUGUGGCUUUCACCAAACUGCAUAUGAACAAUUUGGUGAUCUCGCUUCAUGGCUAAUUUUCGUUGUUUUUGAUGAGUAGUAAUAAAAUAUCAUAGUCACGCGAGCUUUUAAAACUAAAGGAAUAGCUGUCUUUACCUCAUGUUGGAUUAUCAGAAUGAAAACCACAGCAUAAGUUUCAAAUAUUACAUCAAAAUUGAUGUAAAUUCUCUCUGCUGCUUAGGUGCUGAGAGAUCAGUUGCCAGAUUUCAAAUAUGAAUUUACCUACCUACCUUAAAGCGGUGUAUAAUAUAAAACUAGCGGCACUGUGAAAAUGGCGCAACUGACAAUUUUUACGUUUUUUGACGAUAGGCAAGAGAUUUGUAGAGUUUGGCGGUUUAGAAUUACUAAUAUGGAAUUACAGAUAACAUUCAUAAUAUGACAUCUCUGUCAAACAAUAUUAACGAUUUUUAACUUGCCAAAGGCUCUCGACGAGGCGGAUAUGUAUCAUUACAUCAUAUGUCUAAUAAAGCUAUUCAAUUCUUUACUGAGGUUAUUAGACAAAAACCUCUCUUUCAUAGUACUUUACAUUAUAUUAUGGAAGCACAUAAUCACAAAUUACGUAGGGCAUUCGAGCAGUGAUAGCAGAGUCCUUUGAACGUAUCCAUCGCUCCAACUUGGUGGGCAUGGGCAUCGUGCCAUUGCAAUUCCUGCAUGGUGAAAAUGCCGAAACACUGGGUCUUACUGGUAGGGAGGUAUACAAUAUCGUCAUACCAGACGUGAAUGACAUUAAGCCGGGACAACACAUCCAAGUACAGACCAACACCGGCAAACAGUUCCAGGUGAUUCUGCGUUUCGAUACUGAAGUGGAUUUGCUAUUCUACAAACAUGGUGGUAUCCUUAACUACAUGAUUAGGAAGAUGCUGAGUGCUAUUUAGAACAUUCCAAUUUACAACUUGUUCAGUUUGGUUUCUGGUGGUGAGGGGCAUUUUAUAUUCAUUUGUUUGCUGAUUCUCAUGAUUCAUACGUAACUGACGUCUUUACAAUAUUCCACACGUAUAGUCUAGUGAUUGUCUAACUUCAACAUAUUAUGUUUCACUGACUUGAUUCAUCUGACCUAGCAAUCUCUUGCAACUUGAAUAUUAUAUGUAUGUUUUGUUUAAUAUGUAAAACAACAUAUUAGAAUAUGAUUGGUAUGUUACUUAACAGUUAUAACAUCAAAACAUUAUUGAAUAAGUGGCUGCCACAUGUAACCAGUACGAAUAUGUUUUACAAAGACCGGGGUUGUUAUUUGAGUCAUUUUGCCCUGUUGAUUUACCGAAUAUGCAUUUCCAAUAACUUGAAAGAUCAUCACUGGACUAUAGUUGGGGUAUUUACAUGUUCACGGAAGUGACUGGUUCGGAUAACCUAUCACUGUUUGUAUUAUGCUAGGCAAUAAUAUUGUAGGUGGUCUUUUCAACAUUUAUCGUAAUUAAUUGAUUAUUGAAUUUAUUGAUUCUUGUAUUUUAUUUAGACUGAUUUUUGCGGAAUAUCAUGUUUGAUGAUUUUUAUUGCUUUAUUGAAUAAAGGUUUCAUGCGGUUGUUAUUGCUUAAAGGAGUAUAAACCAAUGACAUAUUUUAUUGUAUCCAGGAAUCCAGCUAUUUGAUUUUGAUCGAUGUUUUAUAUGUUGAUUACGUUUUUAUAUUAUUGCUCGAUUUCUCUAGCAAUGUACAUAGUCUUUGAAACAAUAAAUAUAUUCUAUUGUU